AUGGGGCUAUCGAGACGAUCUUGUUCGCAGGCACGGGUCAAGGCAAUUACGGAGAUAGUUGCAGAGCUCAUGCGAGGAGUGAAGGAGGGGCGUGAUGUAAAUUUGAACACAGUCAAGUUUGAGGCCUCCAAGAAGUAUAGCCUGGCUAAGGCGCCAAAGCUGGUUGAGAUUCUUAAUGCCGUGCCUGAGGAGUACCGCAGCGUGCUCAUACCACAGCUGCGAGCCAAGCCGGUGAGGACAGCGUCAGGCAUAGCGGUGGUGGCAGUCAUGUCCAAGCCCCACAGGUGCCCCCACAUUGCCACGACGGGCAACAUCUGCAUUUACUGCCCGGGCGGCCCGGACAGCGACUUUGAGUACAGCACGCAGAGCUACACUGGGUAUGAGCCGACCAGCAUGCGCGCCAUCAGGGCGCGUUACAACCCCUACGUCCAGGCCCGGGCUCGCGUUGACCAGCUGCGACGGCUGGGCCACUCUGUUGACAAGGUGGAGUUUAUUCUGAUGGGCGGGACAUUCAUGUCACUGCCAGCAGAGUACCGGGACUACUUUGUGAGGGGCUUGCACGAUGCGCUGUCGGGACACACCUCCUCAAACGUGGCUGAGGCUGUGCGCUUCAGCGAGCAGUCCCACACACGCUGCAUCGGACUGACCAUUGAGACCCGGCCCGACUACUGCCUGGGACCUCACUUGGACCAUAUGCUGUCUUAUGGGUGCACCCGACUCGAGAUUGGGCUUCAGAGCAUAUACGAGGAUGUGGCGCGGGAUACCAACAGAGGGCACACUGUCGCGGCUGUCGGGGAGUGCUUCAGGCUUGCAAAGGAUGCCGGCUUCAAGGUCAUUGCGCACAUGAUGCCAGAUCUUCCCAAUGUGGGCUGGGAGCGCGACUUGGAGUCUUUCAGGGAGUUCUUCGAGAAUCCGGCCUUCAGGACAGACGGGCUCAAGAUAUAUCCCACGCUCGUCAUCCGCGGCACUGGCCUGUAUGAGCUGUGGAAGGCUGGCCUAUAUCACAAUUACGACCCCACUCUUCUAGUGGAGCUGGUGGCGCGUCUGCUGGCGCUGGUGCCUCCGUGGGUGCGCGUGUACCGCAUACAGCGCGAUAUCCCCAUGCCCCUCGUCACCAGCGGCGUUGAGAAGGGCAACCUGCGCGAGCUCGCCCUCGCGCGGAUGGGCCAGCUCGGCCUGCACUGCCGUGACGUCCGCACCCGCGAAGUCGGCAUCCAGGACAUCCACCAGAAGGUGUCGCCGGAGGAGGUGGAGCUGGUGCGGCGCGACUACACGGCCAACGCGGGGUGGGAAACAUUCCUGUCCUAUGAGGAUCCGCGCCAGGACAUCCUCAUUGGCCUCCUGCGCCUGCGCCGCCUGCCGGGCCGCCGCUCCAUCGUGCGCGAGCUCCACGUCUACGGCUCAGCCGUCGCCGUCCACGCCCGCGACACCUCCAAGCACCAGCACCAGGGGUACGGGACGCUGCUGCUGGAGGAGGCGGAGCGCAUAGCGGCGAGCGAGCACCGCAGCCGCCAGCUGGCAAUCAUCAGCGGGGUGGGCACGCGGCAUUACUACCGCAAACUGGGCUACCGGCUUGAGGGCCACUACAUGAUCAAGGACCUGCCCCCCGUGCAGCGCGGCUGGCGCUGCCACCAGGCCCCCCAGAAGCAGCCACACAGGUGACCUCAAGCUCUGCUGGCUGAGCAGGCGCCGGUCUUUUUGCCCUGGGAUUUGGAAGGAGGGCCCACGUGGAUGCAUGACAACCUGAGCUGGCGCCGGCAACCUUGCCCUGGGGGAUCUGAGAGGCGGGUCCACCUGGUUGCAUGGCCAGCUGAGCAGGGGAUAGCCACUCUGUCCUGACAAUGCGACAUGAGGAUGGACAUGGAUGCCAGGGAGGAAAGGAAUGUGGCUGCAAAGAGAGAGAGAGGCAAUAAUGUGACCUGCGCCUGGAGAGAGCAGACUGCAGAUCUUGACCUUAGAAGCUGAACCACACCGGAACUUGACUUGAACAGCGUUUGCUGAAUGCAUGAAUGUACAUUAGCAGGCAAUAUCGAGCCUUGAAUUUCCAGGUGCUUCUCUGCGCAGAAAUCAAAAUUCUAGCUGAUUUGUUUUAAGUUUUGCAGCAUGUGAUCGAGCGUGGUGCAUAGUGCAUAGUGCAUAGUGUCUUAAGUGGUUCACUGAGGAGCUGUUGUGCAAGGCAUCUCUCCGGCGCAUAAUGUGUAAAGGCUCUGCUUU